GUACUCGUGAGGAUUUUCUGGGGUAGAAAGAAGCCGACGAGGAGGUUGUUCCAACAAAGAAGUUUGCAGGAAAAAAGGUGGUCCCACUCAAGAACACCGUUUUAUGAAGCGAACGACCGAGCGCUUCUAUCUGCUUUUUUUGCCAUGGCGUUGUUACUUUACGCGCAAAAUGAAGCCAUCAACUUGUUGCAAUUUACUUGAAACGUUAUCAGAGCCAUAAGGGAGCAGUGUGCCGUUUUAUCAUCUGGAUUCAACUUUGAAAAAUCCGAACCAAAAAAAUUGAGACAACAGCUGAGAGUGGGGUGAGGAGGUUGGCUUUGGCAAGUUGUGGACUUCUGCCUUAUUACUCCCGCUGUCGUAUGUUGCUAGCUAACUUGCUAAUUAGCUAACUUUGAUAUAAAAAUUGCCCCAUUUCAUCAGUCUACUUCAGUGUAGUGAAGUCUGUUUUCUGAGUGGUCUGCCACAGUGAUUGGUUCAGUGGGCCACUGCAGCAUUUCUUCAAGAACAUUGGCUGCCUCCUGUGGCUUGAUGCUUUUCAGUGCUUGGAUGUUGUGUGGGCGAUGAGGAUGUCCUGCUGGUCCCAGUGGGACAGGAUUGUGAUGUGAUGGGGUGCAGGACGAGUAAGGUCCUCCCUGAGCCACCUGGAGAUGUCCAGCUCGACUUGGUCAAAAAGGUGGAUCCCCUCCAGACCGACAUCUACAAACAUUUCAUCCGAGGCGACGGCAGUGGGAGUAAAAUGAGAGGGGAGAAAACAGGCUCUCCCCCGCCCCAGGCAGCUUUCUCAGCCGCCCAGGCACCCACAAACACAGGCCAACCAGAAGCCUCUGACCCACGCAGAAACAAGGUAGCCAAGUACAGAGCUAAGUUUGACCCACGGGUCACAGCCAAAUAUGACAUUAAGGCGCUGAUAGGCCGAGGUAGCUUCAGCCGGGUGGUGCGAGUGGAGCAUAAGAGCACACGGCAGCCCUACGCCAUCAAGAUGAUAGAGACGCGCUACAGAGAGGGACGUGAGGUAUGUGAGUCAGAGCUGUGUGUCCUGCGGCGUGUACGCCACACCAACAUUAUCCAGCUGAUGGAGGUGUUUGAGACAGCUGAGAGAGUGUACAUGGUGAUGGAGCUGGCUACAGGGGGAGAGCUUUUUGACCGUAUCAUUGCCCGUGGCUCUUUCACAGAGCGUGAUGCUACACGUGUCCUACAGAUGGUACUGGACGGGGUCAAGUAUCUACAUACACUUGGCAUCACCCACCGUGACCUCAAGCCUGAGAACCUGCUCUACUAUCACCCCGGUGCGGACUCUAAGAUUAUGGUCACUGACUUUGGGCUGGCCAGCACUCGUAAGAAGGGUGAUGAGUGCUUGAUGAAGACCACUUGUGGGACACCAGAGUACAUUGCCCCAGAGAUCCUGGUACGAAAGCCAUACACCAAUGCUGUGGACAUGUGGGCUCUAGGGGUCAUCUCCUACAUUCUGCUGAGUGGAACCAUGCCCUUUGAGGAUGACAACCGCAUGCGCCUCUACCGUCAGAUCCUCAAGGGGAAGUACAGCUUUUCUGGGGAGCCAUGGCCCAGUGUGUCCAACCUGGCAAAGGACUUCAUCGACCGUGUGCUGACUGUUGACCCCAGUGAGAGGUUAACAGCAGGCCAGGCUCUGAAGCACCCCUGGAUCAUCAGCAUGGCCGCAUCAUCUUCCAUGAAGAACCUGCAGCGCUCUAUCUCCCAAAACCUCCUGAAGAGGGCCUCAUCACGCUGUCACAGCACCAAGUCUGCCCAGUCCACACGCUCCAGCCGCUCCACCAAGUCCAACAAGGCCCGUCGUGCUCGGGAGAAAGAGCUGCGUGAGCUCAACCGCCGCUACCAACAACAAUACAAUGGCUGAG